AUGCAAUCAAGGCCCAGUAACGAGACCACCCUGAUUGGCGAGCUCGGCACCAAAAUGGUGGAUGCCAUGAGCGCCGAGGAUGGAGAAAAGGAAUACUCUUCCCUCAAGCUCAUGCCUGACAGCACAGAUCUUCAGUACCAACUGGCGAAGCGAAGAGGGCACAAUGAGCCAGCACUCACCCCACGGAAAAGGCAAGCAACACUCUAA